UGAGAGACUUGCCGAGUUGGCAGCUAUUUCCAGGUUCUCCAAAGCUGAAAGCGGAGUCAUCGUCGUCUUCACGGCGACCUCAACUCGAUGUCCUCCCGCCACCGCCGCCUGGCGUCGUUGACGAAGCUGCUGACCACCCACGUGAAUGCCGCCCGCCACCGCGAUGCGCUCUCGCUCUUCUCCCGCAUGCUCUCCGCCCCCGACCUCCCGCCGCCCACCGACCCCUCCUUCGCCCACGCCUUCCCGCUCGCCAUCAAGUCUGCCACCGCCCUACGCCUCCCCCGCGCCGCCGCCUCCUUCCACGCGUUCGCCUCCAAGUGCGGUCUCCUCUCCAGCCCCUUCCUCUCCUCCGCCCUCAUCGCGUCCUACGGUGCCGGCGCCUCCCACGAACUCGCCCGCCGCCUGUUCGACGAAUUGCCCGUCCGCAACGCCGUCGUCUGGAGCGCCAUGGUCUCCGUCCUCGUCCGGGCGGGCGACCUCACCGCCGCGGCGAGCGCGCUGGACGCCAUGGACGUCGCCCCGACAGCUUCCUGCUUCAACACUCUGAUCGCCGCGGUUGCCGAGUCAGGGGAACAUCCAGCCCGAGCCAUCGAGAUCUACCGACACAUGCGAAGGGUAGGCGUCGCGCCGAGCUUCAUCACUCUGCUGGCGCUCGUCCCCGCGUGCACCGCGAUGGGUUCCUUGACGUCAAUCAAGGAGGUGCACGGCUUCGCGGUGCGGCAUGGCAUGUCCGCGCUAUCCCACAUUGGCAGCUCCCUUAUUGAAGCGUAUGGGCGCUGCGGUUCACUAGCCACUGCACAGAGGGUUUUCGACCAGGUUCAGGAUCGUGAUGUGGUUGUUUGGAGCUCUCUCGUCUCAGCUUAUGCUUUUCAUGGCCGUGCAGAGGUUGCAAUGUCGCUUUUCAGAUACAUGAAGGACCAAGAUGAUGUUCGGCCUGACAGCAUCAUGUUUCUUAGUUUGUUGGCAGCCUGCGCCCAUUCUGGCCAUGCAGAUGAUGCGUUGCAGUAUUUUGAUGUGUUGACCAAGAGAUAUGGAGUGCAGGCAUGCAGAGAUCACUAUUCGUGCUUGGUUGAUGCCUUGGGCCGGGCAGGACGGUUGCAUGAAGCUUACGAGCUUAUACAGACAAUGCCAGUAGAGGUUACAGCAAAAGCCUGGGGAGCUCUUCUUGCUGCUUGCAGGAAAUAUGGGGAGGUGGGGUUGGCAGAGGUUGCUGGGAGAGCAUUGUUUGAGAUCGAACCAGAGAAUGCCGGAAAUUUUGUUUCGCUCGCUAACAUCUAUUCAGGUCGGGGCAUGCAUGAGGAUGCAGAGAGGGUGAGAAGGGAGAUGGAGCAGCGAGGUGUGCAGAGAAUGCCUGGUAGCAGUUGGAUGAUAAAUCGCAAGUCAAGUUGCUAAUGCAAUGUCCUGAUGAUUUUUUUUCGCCCCUGAUGAUGCAUUGUGGAUGCUAGCCAACCUAUGGUUUUAGAUUCUUUGCUUGCAGUGAUCUUUUAUGAAAAAUCAGGGACUCAUUUGAGAAGUGUCAUCACUGGGCACUGGUUCACAGCAAUGUUUCUUCAGAUGCAAUGGUCUCUUGUGCAUGGAAGGUAAACAGAAGAAACUAAUUUUCUUUUGCUUUGUAUUUAUUCGUUUCAAACACAACCGUGUUUAAUUAUAGCAUUUAUGGGGAAAAACAUCUAACUUACCUAGGGUCCUAACUCCACAUUUGUCUGAAAGAUGCCAUAUGCCACAUUUAUCUAAAUGCAGCAGAAACAUUUAUAUGGUGAAACAGUUAACUGCAGUCUGUAAAUCCUACAGAAACAUUUAGUUUUCUUCUGUAGCGGUGCAGCAAAUCAGGCGUAUGCAUACCAUCAACUGUGACCCUUCUGAGGCUCCAAAUCAAUCUGAAUUCCUUGGCUCUUGUUUGAAGACUUGAGAUUAGUGCUCCCUCCAUUUGUUGCAUCAUAAGAAUUUAUAGGUUGAUUACUAAUUAUCGACCAUGGCCAUGCUAAACAAUUAAAUUAUCCUUGGAACUAGGUUAGGACUGAUAUUCAGUGUAAACUCCCGAGUUUCACCAAAGCAGUUAGCUUUGUACUAUCUUAUUCAUACAUAUCCGAUGUCAUUUUUCAAUCUGAUAUGGUGUGGACUUAUACUCUUGGAAUACAAGCUUAAUACGAUCUUUGUCAGCCAAAAAGUCUAUGCAAUGAUUGUACUCAGUCCAUUCUUUUUCCUGGAAUAUCAUUUCCCACCAGCACACAUGGUAAAUUGGUAAUUCAUUCCAAUGAACAGCAGAGAGGAAUACAUCAUUCGUACUGUUUCCACUCCAGUCACAUAGCUAUAAAUUUCUAUAUGUGUUGGUUUCCACAAUCCUCAUUACAAUCAGUGAAUAUUAAUUUUACUGAAUUUAGCUGACUGCUGGAAAAUUCAUGAAGGUUUCUCCAAGCGUCCUUCACAUGAUGAUCAGUCGACAUACUCUUUAUUCUUUGCUGCCCUAUUCAGUCGGCAGAGAGAAAGGCACUAAGGUUAAUAUUCACAUUUGCCCACUGAAUUUGUUAGUUCUUCUUCUGAAGUUAAAAAUUAAUAUCUUAUUAGGUCAGUUUCUAUGGACCGGGGGUACUACCUUUAGCUUUCUAAUGGAACUUUGACUGCCUUUAGCUGAGAGUGCAUAUGAUGCUAACUUUCACACAUCUUUACCGAAAGCAUGCCCAAUUAGAAAAAUGAUAUAAACAUAGUUAGUCAAAGUUGGCGCAUUAUGCAAGAUCCUUUAGUAUCUUUCUGGUUAUCUUUCAUCCAUCUGAUCUAGUUUCAAAUAAAUUAUCAUAGAGUAAAGCUCUCAUAUUCUUCGUAUGCAAAUUGUCCAUUUUUUUUAAAAAAAAGGAUGCAACUAUUCUCAUGUGCUUUAAACACCUUAUUUUUCAAUCAGAAUCCUGGGCCCUUGGAUCAACCUGUAAUUGGAUGCUGAUCCAAGGCUGGUGACUAUUACUUAAACACUUGAAUUAAAGCAAAAUUCUUGCAAAAAGGGUUCUUAUACUAUUUAGUAUCUCUGGCUUCAUGCUAAUACCAAAGUAUGAAUCUGAAAUGUUCAUCUGCAGCACAUUAAAGUAUAAUUGUUUUACCAUUUGUACAUCUUUCAUAUCUUCAUAUUUGGGAAAAUCAAUCUGUGGCAUUUACUAUCCUAUACUAUAUGUUAAUUAUAGUUUGAAAGUUUGGGAUGUGUCUGUAUCAUCUGGAAAAACCUUCACCAAACUUUUAUUUCAAAGAUUAAGGAUUUGAAGUAAAUGAGAUAAUUCAGAUAUAAAUAAGAAACACCUGUAUUCAUUGGGUGGGGUGUGGGGGGGGGGGAUAGUGGUAGGAACUACUAUUUGGUUAGCUUCAGCAAGACAUUCUUAUGAGUAGUAACAUCAGGUAUUGCGAUUCUUAUGAAAUAAUAAAAAGAAGUUAAUAUGGUUGAUGCACUACUUGGGAUAGUACAUUAAUUUGUCCUUAUGUGACAAGCUAACUGUCGGUAACUGUUGCUCUUAACCUAGUGAGUGAUUCGAAUCAUAUGGAAUAAUUACCUGGAAGGACACUUACCUAACAUCCUACACGAGAGAUCCCUCUCAACUAGCUCUGUUGUAUCAUUGUGGCUUGUAGGUGGGCUAGUGUGGAUCACUAUUGUUAGUGGUGCUAGGCCCCAUUUCAUGUAGCUUAUUGGCUGAUGUGUAGGUAAUUCUGUCGACCUAAUUUCGCCAACAGAUCUUGUUUGCCUUCUGCGGUGGAAAACUGGAGAUUGCUACAGUGCUGAUAUUUAUCUUGAACUUCUUGAAUUUUUUCUUAAAUAAAUUGGACCGAGAUCUUUCAUCAUACGCGUACCAUGAUAUUGCUACGGACCACCUUUUUUUCCCACUGGACAACAUUCUACACAAACUACACUCAUAAUUUCUGGUCCUUUCUACUGCUUGUUUCGAUCACUAAAUUUGCUCAUUUGCACCAAUCCUUUUUCUGCACUGAGAUCUUCUUUAAACAUAUGGACAAUGAAACCUUGGUGAUUCCAUAUAGUUCACGAACCAUUGAAGAGUAUCCGCACACUAAGUCACCAACGUGUACGUAAGUUCAACUUGCAGGAGGUGAUGUGUUAAUAAAAGGGGUUUAUAUCUGUUGUUAUUUUUGCAUGUGGGAGCCUCUAAGUGGAGGUUUAUCAGAUUUGCUCGUCUUUCUUAAACAGUUGAACAUGGCUAGAAAGGACAUUACUAUGCUUCUGAAACGAAACAUUGUUGGUGUGCUCAUUUCGGUUGGAAAUGGUACAGCCUAAUACAAAUUGCUUUGUGCUGGACUGCUUUGUACUUAAGUAUGCAUUUAUCUUUUAUUACUGUUCUUUUACACCAUAUACUUGGCUUCUCUUGUAGAGUUUUGAAAAACUGUCCAACUCUUUGAUUUUCCUUCUUUGAGCCUAGCUUGUUGGCUUAGCCAGGGUAAUAGCUAGUGCCUAGCAGGCUUACUGUUGUUUUCUAAGAUUAGUAGACAUAUUUUCUUGACAACUUUCAACUUUGCAUAUGUGCCAUCCGUACACAUGUGUGGAUUGCGUCAAGGAUACUCAAUUUGCUGGCCUUUAUCUGUGGAAAAGCAUAUACUUUUCAAAAGGGUAAUGAUGAUGCACACUAGAGAAAGUGCUUCAUGCUCAUCUCUUCUGUCCUGCACCGAUUGCACAGUAGAUUUUCUGUUGUGUUCCAACUUUUGUUUACUUGAUCGAGAUAUAUGACCUCUUUGGUUCCAUGGAUUCAAUCUGAACUCUUUACUCAGUUAAAUUGUUAGUUGCUUCCAAGAACAUCAUACCUAUUGAUGCUACAUCCCUUAGAGAGGCUUAGAGCUCAGUAAGUUUCUGUUUCUCCUUAUAUGACCUUUACAAGGAGCCUUAAAUUGCCACGCCACUUUGUCAGCCUGAACCUGUAUCUUUUUCCAUUCUUAAGCUAAAAGCUCUUGAUGCAUUGGUAUUCGUUUUUCCUUUGUACCUAAUAAACAUAUCCUUGUGGACAUACCUGAAACUUCUAUCCAGAAGAGUGAAUAUGUCACCUCCUUGGGUACCUUUCUUCCCACCCUCCAAAAGUGUAUUUUAUGUGAUUUAACAACUUUUUCUUGGUAAAGACAGACAGUGAGAUCAGCGUCAAGCAAGCACUACUACUACUACCAGCAGAUGCAUGUGGACCACAGCACUGGCCAGUACCACGGACGGUUUUGCCGACCUGACCGUGCAAGUCAGUCCACUUCUCAUCAUCUCUUGUACGUGCAAGUGCAGCUCCCCAAGGUACCUUCCAAGUAUAUAUAGACCCAGUCCCUUCACCUUGCAACUCUGGGCUCUUCACUAGAUAGGCAGAGUUAUGCAAAUGAACAGGCUACAAGAUCUGACACCUGCUCCUUCCAUGACGGUGCCGAUCGAGCAUUCCUCUAGGCCGACGCUGGGGUUUCCCUUGGGAACUGCGCUGCUGCUUCUAGUGAUCUUCUCCCUCAGUGGCAUGUUCUCAUGUUGCUACCACUGGGACAAGCUCCGCUCCCUCCUUCGGUCUCGGCAUCCUGCCAUGUUCCAAGAGGGUGAGCAUACCGUGAUCUCUAUCGGGUCAUCACCAAGCAAAACAGCUUCUGAUCACAAGCUGGAGAAAAUGGGGAAAGAGUGUGGUUUGCCUGUUAUUAUGCCCGGGGACAAGGUCCCCAAAUUCUUUGCGAGGCCCUGGCCACACGAGCUGUGUUUGCCUGAAGCAGAGAAGACUGAAGCUGCGUUGGAAACCAAAUGUUCGGGUCAUGAGACCAUUUGUAUCUGUACAUCAGUACAUGAAAGCACACUUAGCCGUUAGUGAUUUAUGAUUGGUGGAUUGGGUGUACAUAUGCAUGGUAAUAGAUUGUUAUCUGAACAUUGGGUCUUGUGCUGCUAUACAAGGAUCUGGCUGAGAUAGGUGAUUAUUAUUAUUAUUAUUUGUUGUUAGAGUUUGAAAGGACGAUUUGUUCUAACAAUUAAGCUUGUUGAAUGUUAUAUCCUUGAGGCUG